AUGGUACAAUUUAUCAACGGACAAAGAUCUCCUCCAGUUUCUGUUAUACUAGCAGCGAAUGAUCAUCUUUUGGUUUCUUUGAAAUCAAAUUCAAAUUCUCCCAUACAAUAUCAGUUUUCUGCCAAUCGAAAAAAGGUGUUCUACAUUUCUAGAAGUUUGUUGAAUGCGUCGACUGUUGCUAUUGGCAAAGCACAAAAUCACUCGCAACUUUAUUUUGUUGCCAUAGAGAAAAGCGGAUCCGCAUUGUAUAUGUCAAAGGUUACUGUUACUAAUAAUGAACAUGUUGAAAUGGAUACAAUUACGUCUGGAAAUCUAUCAAAAGCUAAUCCUAUUAAUCGUCUUGUAUUAUCGGUUGAACCGUAUGGUCAAUAUGCAAUUGCGAUGACGGAAUCUUUUAUUUUUAUUCGUAAUUUAUUUACACGGAUGCAUUGGAUCGAUGAGAUGGUGUGGCCAAAUUCAACAUAUUUUACACCGGUAUGUGCUGAUACGAGCGCUCGUUUUGUGUAUAUGGCUGGUUAUGAAAAAUCCGCGGGUUCAUGUACAGUAACAGUUUAUUUAAUGUCAGUUGAUUUCAGUGGAUAUCGAAUUCAAUUCCAUGAUCGAUGGCAAUCAGAACUAGCGUGUAGUUAUGAGCAUCUUGACCUAUCGCUUAGCGCAAGUGAACAAGCAGGUGAGAAGAUUCUGCUUGGAAUUCCAACUAUAAACUCGAUUUAUUUAUUUACUAUCGAUGAAACGCCUACGAAGUCAUUCCGGUUGCAGCAUCUAGGCACUAAACAGCAAGAUAUUGUGAUGAGAGACAAUUACGGAACGACUGUCGCUUGGUUAAAUAACGGACAAAGGGCUGCCGUGUUAGAUACGGCUGAUCUACCACGAGAUUCAGUAAUAGCUGCAAGAUCAAAUGUUUAUAUUUAUGAUUCCAACGACAUGACACUGUUUAUAACUAAUGCAACAGCCACGAUGACUUUUCCUAACUUUUUUCAGAAAUACGCCAAUCAGUUCAAACCAACUGCUACGUUCAUGGUUGCCACACAAACGACUCCUUCUACAUUGUAUCUAAUCAAUCAACUUUCUCAUAUCUUAGUUCUAUUACCAUCUGAUCCUGGAUACUAUUCGGUAGAAUCUUUCUUUUACGAUGAUAUUUAUACGAGUCAUGUUGAUGGACUCUACUUUCUCUAUCCCAAUCGUGUAACCUGUCCAGUCGGAACCUAUAAAAAUGAUGCUGGAAUAUGGCCAUGCAGUGUUUGUAAAGCAGAUAAUAGCCGUCUCAUUCCUAGCUGUCUGCAAUGUCAAAAUAGAUCAAAUUGUCCACUGGAGUUUGCCACGACAGAAGAACUAAUGAGCGAUGUUACACAAUCAAUUGCUUAUCCUGAAACAGCGGAAAUCGAUGUGUUCGAUGAUAUCUUAUUCUAUAAUAUGUUUCGCACGGAUUGUGGUUGGAAAUCUCCGAUAAUUAUGACUGCGAUAGUUCUUUCGAUUGUAGUGCUUCUUUCAAUGUUGAUAUGUUCGAUGAACCUUUCGAAACGAUUUAGAAUUAAGCAGCAAUUUGCAAAGAACUUGUUCAAACAUUUCGAUUUAAUCGAACAAGGCAAAUUCUGGUUCGGUGGUCUGAUUUCCAUCAGUGCUUUAUUCUUUAUUGGAUUUCUCGUACAAUUUAGUGCCACUUUUCAUACUCAGUAUUCAAUGGAAACAAAACAUUCGACGUGUCAAACCAAAGAUCUGCUCAAUGCUAAAUUCGAAACUAGUCUUCGCUUUUUAAACAUGCCAACCGGUGAUCAUGAAACAGUCUUCAAUUUACUCAAUUCACAAGUAUUCACUUUGAAUAUUCAAUUCAUCAACACCUCGUUACAUUGCGGACGAAUUAUGUUUGCUAUUCGCAACGAAACUGACAGUAACAAGUCUUUGUUUUCCUGUUAUCCAACUGACACAUCGCUUGUCGUUUCGAUUAAAUUACCAUUUCAUGUCUCCNAUCAAUUGUAUUUUUGUUUUCAAAGAACAUUUAUUUCCUGUUAA